UGAGUAUAAAGAAUAAUUUAAUACAAGAGCUUUACAAACAUUGACUAGAAGUAGAAAACAACGUGCAGGCUCAUCUUUUCACGUGUUUAUGAUAGCAAGAUGCCUUUCUUUAUAAAAUCCAAAGGAAAAAAGCAAUCAAAAUCAAAGACAAAAAAUCAGAGACCACAAGUAUCGCUUAGUGGAGCAGCAUCAAAACAGAAAAGGAGGAAGUUACGGUUACAGAAUGAAGAAAUCUCGAGUGAAUCAGAAAUAGAAAGUGACGAAGGGGGAAAGAGGACAGAGUUGGAAUUUUCUUCAGAUGAGGAUGAAACUGCACCAGAAAAAAAAUUACGAUUAGCAAAGGAAUAUCUGGCCAAUCUAGAACAAGAAGAGGCUGAGAAAAGAGAGGAGGAUGACAUCCACAGAGACAUCAUUUCACAUAGAUUAAAGCAAGAUCUGUUAGAGCAGACAGGAAAACUACAGAAAUGUGUUGCCGAUAAUUAUGAACAGCCAUCUUUAGAUGACAUUACAGUCCUGAGAGGACACCAGCUGACAGUCACAUGUAUAGUUAUCUCCCCUGACAAAAGACAUGUGUUUAGUGGCUCCAAAGACUGCAGCAUUAUCAAAUGGGAUGCCACGGAGGGGAGACGACUUCACACUAUACAGGGCGGGAGGAAGGGCAUGGAGGACACCCACACUGGCCACACCGACCACGUGCUCUGUCUUGCCAUGCCAACAGAUGGCAAAUUUCUGGCAUCAGGGGGUAAAAAUAAAUUCAUAUUGUUAUGGAAUCCAGACGACUGUCAGCUUCUUCACAAGUUUACUGGCCACAGAGAUGCGAUUUCAGGUUUGGCGUUUAGAAUGGGUUCUCAUCAGUUGUUCAGUGCCUCGCAUGACCGCUCAGUUAAAAUCUGGAAUGUGGAUGAGUUAGCAUACAUAGAGACACUAUUUGGCCACAGUGACGCCAUCACAGGAAUUGACAGUUUAAUCAGGGACAGAGCCAUUACCUCUGGCGGACGAGACGGCAGCAUACGAAUCUGGAAAGUGGUGGAUGAAUCACAAUUAGUGUUUAACGGAGACCCGGGGUCCAUUGACUGCAUAGCAUUCAUCAACGAGUCCAACUUCAUCUCAGGGGCUGACAACAAUUCAUUGUCAUUAUGGUCAAUGAUGAAGAAGAGACCUACAGUAACCGUAAGAAAUGCCCACGCUGGACGAGAUCAGAAUGGCAAUUCUAGCAUAGGAACUAACUGGAUCACAGCUGUAGCAGCGCUUCACAACACAGACCUGGUGGCUUCUGCAGGUUCUAAAGAUGGCUGUAUUAAGUUGUGGAAGGUGGCUAAAAAUUACACAGCACUGCAACCACUGUUCUCAAUACCCAUGGAUGGUUUUGUCAACAGUCUUCAUUUCUCUGUGGACGGACAAUCACUGGUUGCAGGUGUGGGGCAAGAACACAAAUUAGGAAGAUGGUGGCGGAUCAAAGAGGCUAAAAAUGGAAUACGCAUGAUCAAAUUGAGGAAGAAAAAUUGUUAAUCAAUACUUUUAAAGAAAAACUAUUGAAUAGAUUACAUGAUUUGAAUAUUACAUGUAUCUUUUGAAAAGAAUCACAUUUUGGUACCAGAUGUGUAUGUGAUCAGAGACAUGUAUAUAUUUUAUAUACAUCUCUGAUGUGAUAUAGAAUAUUGGAUAUAAUAAAAAUCCUGAGAAA